CCUCCAUUUUUUCAAUUUCGUUCAUAUCCCUAAUUAAGAAAGAUUUAGAGAAUCCUAUUUGGAUCUCUCUCAUCGACUCAUCGACGAAUCUCGAAAUGAGCACCGGCGAGCUACUCGAAAUCGAUCCCCUCGAACUCAAAUUUCCAUUUGAAUUAAAGAAGCAGAUCUCAUGCUCCAUCCAACUUUCCAACAAAACCGAUGACCAUAUCGCCUUUAAGGUCAAGACUACGAGCCCGAAGAAAUAUUGCGUUAGGCCUAACACCGGGAUCGUCUUGCCUCGAUCUACGUGCGAUGUGAUCGUUACAAUGCAAGCGCAGCGUGAGGCGCCUCCCGACAUGCAAUGCAAGGAUAAAUUUCUUGUUCAGAGUGUUAUCACCAAAGAGGGAGUCGCUCCGAAGGACAUUACUCCGGAAAUGUUCACCAAAGAAUCGGGUAACACGGUGGACGAGGUCAAACUGCGAGUCACAUACGUGCCACCACCUCAGCCUCCAUCUCCUGUUCCUGAGGGAUCUGAUGAGGGAUCUUCACCUAGGGCUUCUGUAUCCGAUAAUGGGACUAUUGCUUCUCAAGAAUUUGGCACUACAUCUAGAGCAUUUGCUGAAUCUAACGAAAAAGCUUCAGAGGCAACGGCUUUAAUUUCAAAGCUGACAGAGGAGAAGAAUGCUGCAAUUCAACAGAACAAUAAGCUCCGGCAGGAACUGGAGCUUUUGAGAAAAGAGGUGGGUAAACAAGGCGGCGGUUUCUCAUUCAUGUUUGUGCUGAUUGUUGCAUUGAUCGCCAUCACUCUCGGUUAUCUUGUGAAAUCAUAAAACUCUUCGCAGAACGUCCCUGAAGGUAACUGCCUCUUAAGGGGCAACAUCGCAGACCCCUCAAAAAAAAAGUUUGACAUUAUUUUCUCAGUUAGAAGUGUGCCUUGGUGGUUUGUAGAACUCAGACUUGCUUCUGAAAGUUGAUAGGGUCUUGUCCGUCGUCUGGUAAUUGUGUAGGCGUGAUUCCUUUUGAGUUGUAAGUUGUGCUUCUUGAUGUGUGUCUUUGUUCAACUUCCCUUUCCUAGGUUUUGUCCCUGGUCUCUUGUUAUGUAGCUUUGCAGAAGCAAGGCAUUGACUUCUCGGAUAUCUAUCUAUUAACUUCUAAUUCAUUUUCAAGUGUGAUUCAAUUUU